AUGCUCAAGGAACUCCUAUCAAGGAAAUUUGAGGUUAAAAAAUUGAUCCAGUCACAAUUUGGGCAUCGUCAAAUUCCCUUGGAAUCCAUGUCUUGCAACAAAAAUUCAUUUUUUGAUCAUUCUGUUACCAUUGUUUCGGACAAACCAGUUUUAAACUUGCAUGAUUUCUUUCUAGUUUAUCAGUCAUUGAUCAGGUCGACUCCAACUCCAGAACAGGAAGUUUCACAAACUCGUCCCAUUCCUUUAAAUCCAGCCCUCUAUGGCACCGUUUGCAACAGCCUCCCCUCCUCAAUACCUCCUAAAUCCAGCGCAUCAAAAAACGAGUUGGGUCGGCAAAAACCUGACUCGCCAAAUGAGGCCCACCAACUUGUCUCCCAACUUCGACGCUGCAAAAUAAUCGAUCGAGACACCGCCCUUGUUGUUAAUAAUGAGGAUGAAGAUGGAAUGAACGCCUUUCCGCACCUACCCAAAAAGUCAGUUGAAUUCGCUUCUGAAGGAGAUGAGGAAUGCUUACUUGUUUUGGCUGCGGAUAAGGAACCUCAUGACGCAGAAGGCCUGGAAGAUGAUGAUAAAAAGUUCCAGCAGCAGCAGCAGCGACAAACUGGGGUUUUCUGUCACUUUCCCUCAUCGUUUGUAUAA